CGACGCAGAAGAGCCUCGGCCGAAGCUGCUGCUGCUGCUGCCAGAGAACCACAUACAUAACCUAACCCAGCUAUUAUACACACACACACAUUCACACACAGGCUAGAGUAGCUGCGAGCAUCAGUGCGAGGUUCACACAUAUUAAACACAACCUCAGACCUUCUCUGGAGUCUUCACCAGAGCCGGGGAAGCGAUGUAAAGCCUAAAACAGAGGACGAGAAUAGAAAGAGGAGAGAGAGAGAGACAGCGGAGGAACCGCUAACCGCGCCUGCUGCUCCUGCUCAGUAGUCAGCCAUGCCGCUGGUAAAGAGGAGUAUAGAGCCCAGGCACCUGUGCAGGGGGGCGCUGCCCGAUGGAGUCACCAGUGAGCUUGAGUGCGUCACCAACAGCACCCUAGCCGCCAUCAUCAAACAGCUCGGCAGCCUCAGUCGUCAUGCGGAGGACAUCUUUGGAGAGCUGUUUAAAGAAGCCAACAGCUUCUACCUGAGGAUGAACCACCUCCAGGAGCGUGUGGACCUGCUGGCUGUUAAAGUGACCCAGCUGGACUCCACUGUGGAGGAGGUUUCUCUGCAGGACAUCAACAUGAGGAAGGCGUUCAAAAGCUCCACCACUCAGGAUCAGCAGGUGGUGUCUCGAGCCUCCAUUCCCAACCCUGUGAUGGAGAUUUACCAUCAUGGAGACAAGCCCCCUCCACUCAAUAUCCUGUCCCCUUACAGAGAUGACAAGAAGGAUGCGCUGAAGUUUUACACAGACCCCUCCUACUUCUUCAAUCUGUGGAAAGAGAAAAUGCUGCAAGCCACAGAGGACAAGAGGAAAGAGAAGAGACGACAGAAGACAAGCGCUCCAGCCCAGGCUCACAUGGCCCAGUCUAAGUCCAGGCAGGUCCAUCCCAGAAGCCCCCUCUGCUCUGCUGAGCAGCAGAAGCAGGUGGAGGACCCAAGUCGGGAGGUUAAGAAGGUCCGGAAGGCUCGGAAUCGCAGGCAGGAGUGGAACGUUUUGGCAUAUGAUAAAGAGUUCCGCCCCGAUGCCAGAUUCACGCCGUCUCCGUACCACGGCAUGUCCUCGGAGGGUUCACUAUCACCCGACAGCAGGUCAGUGGCGUCAGACAUGGGGGAUCACUCGUAUCCAGGCAGCCCGAGCCGCCCGGCUCAGCAGACGGCUCCCACCAGUGCUUACUCCAGCAGCGAGGGUAAAGAGCUCCUCCUGGCCCCGACACAGGGUCAGACUCCGAGCCUGGAGCAGGGCUACCGGCCCUCAGCCGCACAUUCCACUCCAGCGGGCAGACAGACACUGUCCAGGGGUCAGACAGUACACGGCCCCACAACCACAGACCCGGCCCUCAACGGACCUCGCCCAGCACAGGCCAAAGACUACAGUGUUCAACAAGCCCAGCACCCAGAGUACUUCAUCCCCCCUGCCCCUCCUCCACCCCCUCCCCUCAUCCCUUCGGCUCAGACAGCUUUCGACAGCCCGUCAGCCCCCUCACUGCCCCCCAGUGCCGUGGCUUCACUAUCCCGCUCCUACAGCCCCUCACCUCCCACCCCUGCCCUGCCAGCUUCAUAUACUCCUUCCCCGGCUCACCCACCACCUGCAGCCCCGCCACCACCCCCACCGGGGCCCCCCACACACCCGCACCCACACGCACAUCCUCACGCACAUGCCCAGCCCCAGGCACCGGCCGAAGCAGCGGCCCCCAGGAAGGGGCAGGUACCCAUGAUCCCCAUGAGCGAUGCCCGCAGCGACCUGCUCGCCGCUAUCCGACGAGGUAUACAGUUGAGGAAAGUGCAGGAGCAGAGAGAGCUGGAGGCUAAAAAGGAGCCUGUGGGCAAUGAUGUGGCCACCAUCCUGUCCCGCCGCAUCGCUGUAGAGUACAGCGAAUCAGACGAGGACUCCGAGCUGGAUGAGAACGAGUGGUCUGACUGAAGCAGAGGAGAGAGCGUGACGGACCAGCAGAGCAGAGAACAAAAGAAGAAGAGAAACUAAAGAGAGAGAGAGAGGACGAGAGGAGAGGUUUUCAGGACAGCGUAAUAGAUGUAGCAGAUGAAAGCUAUAAACUAUAUAUAACCAUGGUGUGUACAGUCCAUCACCUGUCAUUCAGAGAGUUAUGGAACUUCCAUAAUGUUUUCAGUAUUUUAAAGAUGAAGUACUGUAAGAAGGUGUAUAGUUAUCUAAUGCUGGUGUUCAGCAGAUUGCCAGGUUUUCAGGAGACGCACACAAGUCGGCACAAACUAAAAAAUAAGAGACACACACAAGGAGUGAUAAUAAUUAUCUUAGAACUCGUCAAUCAGUUACGUUUCACACAAUUUCACAAAUUUCGCAACUCAUAGUACAUUAACAAUAAUGUACAGUAGAGUCGACCAGUGUACCGCUGUUUCAGAGCUGUGCACAUUUAAAUAAUAUAGUUAAGAGAGUUUACAAUAUUGUAUUAUUACAGUUUUAUAAUUACCAUGAUCAAUAACUUCCAUUUCAUUAACCUCAUUGUAGGGGAGAGAGGGGCACAUCUAUUUUUUUAUAAUAUUUAAGCAAGAUUUAUCACUACUAUGAAUAGAAAUAUUAACUUUUUUCCAUCACCAACACCAAUUUUUAAACAGUUUAGCACUAUGAGGCAUGCAUGCAAACUUUAUAGCUAACCAUAUAGGCUGGAUUAAUUAUAACAGAAUUAAGGGCUAGUUAUUAUAAUAGCUAAAAAGUCAGGGAAGUUAAUAAAAGCACUGGUAAUUCAGUAUAAUUAUGUAUUGCUUAAAUCAAGCAAACUUUAUGAACCUAAGUACCAAAAGAAAUCUGCAUCAGAAUAAAUAUAAUUAGUGAAAAAAUAUUUUUGACCCAAAAGCAGAACAGCAAAUAUUAGCACAAUAAAACUGAAAAUAUUUCAUUUACAGGACAUUUCUGUGAAUCUGCAUGAAAUAUUAAUUAAUUGUGUAUAUGAUUAAGAAUAUGGACUCUCCCAUUGUUUUAACAGUGUUGAAUCUUUAGAAUGAACUUGACUUUCAUUAAAACUGUUACCAUUUUGAAGACAUAACGUUUUGAUAAUAAGAAAUGACAAAAAUGAUAAUAUGCUUCGAAAUAGUGAUAUUAUAGCCAACAAGAGGGAGCUUGAAAUAAUGUCAAAAUAAUUACAAGAUUGGAAAUAGGAGAUCACCGGUUUGAAUCCUGUUCAUGCGGCUUGCCAUCGGCUACCGGAGCCCUGAGAAAGCAGAAUUGGCUUUGCUCUCUCUGGGUGGGUAGAUGGUGCUCUCUCCCCACAUCACUCCAAAGGGUGAUGUCGAUCAGCACAAGUCGUCUGUGAGCUGAUGUAUCGGCAGCAGCAGUUUAAAAAAAGAGAUGGUGGCUGACUUCAUGUAUCGGAGGAGGCAUGUGCUAGUCUUUAUCCUCCUGGUGUGUUGGGGCAUCACUAAUGAUAGUGGGAGUCCUAAUGAGUGGGUUAGGUAAUUAGCUGUGUAAAUCAGGGAGCAUAAAAAUGGGAUAAAACUUAGAAAUAAAAUUACAAGAUGCAUUUUGAUUAAAAUAACAACUUGUACUGUCUAAAAACAGGAAAAAAACAUGUAGAAAACAUUGAUGUACUAAAACAAAAUGACCAAAAAAGCAUGUUCUCCUACACGCACCUGUUUAACCGGUAUAGAAAAUCUGUUGCUGUUUUCCCCCUGUUUGAGUUUGUGCCUCACUCUCUCCUGCUGUAUGAAAGAGAUCAGAGCUGCAGGAAGUUUACAGUGGAAAUCUCUCUAAUUGGAAAGAAGUCUCUUAGGCUCUGUCACAGCUUACACUGCUGUGAGUCUCCAGCAGUAACGCUGCCCACGGCCCAUGACUCUUUUACAAUCAGUCACGCUCCGUGUGUCGCUGCCGUCUGCUCAGUUCACAGCUCCUCACCCUCACUGUCAUUCUCUCCAUCGCUCUUCCUCGCUCCAUCUCGUCAGUCUCAUCCGUUUUUAUUUUUUUCUGCUGGGUCUGUGUGAGUUUCUCUCUCCUCUCCCACGUGAACAGAUGUGUGACAUCAGCACCGGUGGUGAGAAGGAGCCGCUGGCUGCUGGUCGUCACUGAGAUGUGACCCAGGACUUGUGGAGUUCUAACAACCAGUGUAUAAAGAAGUGUGUUACAGGCUGAAAGCUGUUCAAAAGAACACACACACACACACACACACAAACAAACACACACUGUACUUUUCCAUCAAGAACUAAGUUACAGUUUCUUUUUUUUUUAUUAUUAACUUUUUUUUUACCCUUUUUAAGUGGAAGUCUUACCAAAAACUUGAGCUGCUUAAAUAAUGUAUUUCUGCCCUCGAAUGCGUUCUUUCAUAGCAACUGUUGCCAGGUCAGCCAAGCUUUACUUAGCACUGGAGGAAAAAAAAUGUAUAUCUUAACAUGAAAUUACAGUAGUAUUAUACUCAAUAGUAAUUAUGUAUUUUUGUCAAAAUAUUUAAAAAAAGGAUUUGUGUUGGUCAGAGUUUGCACAGAUCUCUGGUACAGAUCAGUUAAUGAGUUUGUUUACUAGGAAGCGUUUUCUCCCUAUGUUUGGUUUGUUUUCACACUGACAUAAACCAAAACACACCAAAAUGCGCACUAGUAAACCAUGUGAGGACAUUGUCUCCUCUGAUUGGUCAGAGCUGUCUCGCGCUGGAGCAAGAAAGUAAAUAAAGUGAGAAGAUUCUGUGUUCCAGUGUGUUUAUCUGUGCAGUUAUCUGUGCAGUUUAAAGAUGCUUUAACACAGAGAAUGCUAAAAAUUUCAAGCUGCGCUUUCAAACACAGCGUUUGUUCAUAGCUGUGAUAAUUAUUAGCAUUAUCUGGCUAAUAUAUCAGAUUAAACUGCAUCUUAUCAGCAGGUUAGCUCAUAUAAAAGUAGUAUAUUUGAUAGCUGGGUACAAACAAACCAAAAAAGUUCAUUUUAACCGAACUAAAUAGUGCUGGUGUAAAAACACCUUUAGAUACAUAUUUAAGUUAUGAACUUCGUUUAGCAAUGGCAACAUAAUUAAGCUCAAUAGCUUAACAUAAAGAGACCACUUCAGUUUCUGAAAAAGCUUCUCUGAUUUUGCUAUUUAUAGGUAUAUGUUUAAGUAAAAUGUUGUUGUUUUAUUCUAUAAACUACAGACAACAUUUCUCCCGAAUUCCAUAGAAAAAUAUUGUUAUUUAGAGCAUUUUUUUUUUUGCAGAAAAUGAGAAAUGGCUGGAAAAAAAAAAAUAUGCAGAGCUUUCAGACCUCAAAUAAUGCAAAAAUUCAUAUUCAUAAAGUUUUAAGAGUUCAGAAAUCAAUAUUUGGUGGAAUAACCCUGCUUUUUAAUAAAAGUUUUCAUGCAUUUUGGCAUGUUCUCCUCCACCAGUCUUACACACUGCUUUUGGAUAACUUUAUGCCACUCCUGGUGCAACAAUUCAAACAGUUCAGCUUGGUUUAAGCUUCUUUCUCUUGAUUAUAUUCAAGAGUUUUUUAAUUUUGUAAAAUCAAAGAGUGGUCUCUUAAUUUUUUCCAGAGCUGUAUAUUCUAUACAUACCAGUCUUAAAAGAUGUGGAAAGGUAGGUAGUUGUAGUGCGUCAUUAAAAAUGUACAAUUAUGAAGGUCCUAUUGUAGGGCAGUUACAUUUACAAAAGCAUUAAAAAGAUACAUCUGUGACAGAUCAUAGAGAUACUCAAAUUUCAGAGAAUGCUGCAACAACAAGGGCUGUUCAGAAACAGCCAUAGUUCCUAGUUUCUUUUCCACACGUUUACUUAGGGUUUUUUAAGAUUAAAGACACUUUUUCAGUUUUAUAAAAGCUUCUGAAUUCAAUUUUCUGCUUAUAGAAAAAAACUAAUAUUGAUAUUUUCAAUUCGGUGUAUUGAAUCUCCAAGCUCUGGCAAGAUGAGAAGAAUUGAUAUUUUAAAAAAUCAAUCUGUCCACCUUUACUGUAAAACUAACAUCUAAACACAGUGUGCUUCAGUUUCUCAAUAGGUAUAAUGUUUUUUUUCCCAUCAUGCUGUACAGCUUGGCCAACUUAGCAACAGUUAUUAAGAAAGAGUGUAUAACAGGUGGAGCAUGAAUAGGUCGAUUCAGUCUGAGGUGCAACAAUGCAGAAAUGUACGUGGGCCAGUUUACUAAUGUAGAACCUCAAUAUAAAAUAUAAACUACCAAUAUGUAUCUAAAUACAUUUAGCUUAACCUUACAUUUAAUUUCAGUUUCUAUCCUUAAUGAUAUACGCCAGCGUAGGGAACGGAUAUAUUACUGAACAGUAACAACGAUCUGGAUUACACAUUAUUACGUGAUAUGCUUCCUUAUAUUUAUUUCAUGGAAUACAAUUGAAUGGAGUUUAUAAUAUUAAUUAAUCAAUGCUGAACUGGUGAUUUAGGUUUGGGUCUGUUUUGUUGCUUAUAUCUAUAGCAUUCUCAGUUUUGAGCUGCUCUAAAUACCUACAAUAGAUUUGCAGUGCUUUUAGGGAGUUAAUGCAUCUUUAAACAGGAAUUCUGUCACACUGUUAAAACUGUACACCUUUCACUGUUUUUCUGAGUAGCGUUCAGAAAAUAUAUAUACCUUCCACUGUAGGUCAUAAGGGUCCCAAUGUCUCUAGGAGCAUAAGAGAAUGGCACAAAAUCAGGCCAGGUCUGUACAGUAGCCACGUUGUACCUUAACAGGCUCGACAGGUGCAUUUCUGUAUUGACAAAUACAGUAGAAAUGCUAGAGAUUCACCCGUUUGGACUGAAGGAAGUUUGGGGUGAAUUCUAUUGCCUUUUAGUUUUUUUGUGCUCUCUUAUUGUUAUUAUUAUUAUUAUUUUUGAGAUACUAAUUUGUACAGAAUAAGAUCACUUGAAUAUUUUAGCUUUAUUUUAUUUAUUUGCUUAAUUGUGCCACUGAUAGCUGCACAAAAAAAAGAAGCAUCAACUUAAACUAAACCUUUAGCUCUAUAAAGACUCGUGUGUAUGGCCUGCAGUUUUUAUGUACAAUGUCUUGUGGUUUAAACAAUGUGUUCUUUAGAAUUUUGGUAAAACUGCUUGUAAAGUGAUUUUGCUGAUCUGAAUAACAGACAACAAACAUUCAAUGUGUCUUUAAGAAAAAGCUGUAGGCAAAUACAGUAUGCAUGUCUCGAUGGCCAAUAAAAUCCCACCUAAAGACAAACGA